AUGGCGGCCAUUACCAGCAGCACGAGGGCGUCACUGCCGCCGCUCAGCCACGCCACGCAACAACCGCCAUUCGCUCAGCUCGGUCUGGAUUCGUCAGUUUCACCCCGCGCUUCGUUCGCGCGGCUGUUACGCUCGAGAGGGUCUCAUGAUGCGAGAUUAGGACCACUACGCCGAUUAAGGACCGCCACAGUACCUCCCGUCUUCGCCGUCGCAGAAUCGCGAAAUCUGGCUCUAAAACCCUCUUCUUCCUCUUCUUCUUCCUCUAGCACUCCUCCCCAGACCGCCGAUUCGCGACAUUCCGAUAAUGCCACAUCCCUGCUCGCUAUUCCCACCUUCGCUACAGUCACAGCCUUGAGCGCUCUUGUCGCCCCUUCAGCCGCCGCUGCGGUUACAGGGGCUGACGUCAUCCCGGUAGCAGAGGCAGCAGCAGCGGUGGCCGGGACAGCUGGCGAUGGCUCAUUGGCGAGUCUGAGUCAGCUGAUGCUACUUGGCGCGCUCUCAUUGGCUGACGAGCCCUCCAACGCGCUGUCGCUGCCCACGUGGAUCAUCCACGUGGCAAGCGUGGUCGAGUGGGUGGUGGCGAUGGCGCUGGUGUGGCAGUACGGAGCAGCGGAGAGCAGGAGGGCAUGGAGGGGCCUGGCAUGGGCCAUGGUGCCUCUGCUCAUGGGCGCCAUGUGUGCAUGCACGUGGCACUUCUUCUACAAUUCGCCUCAGCUAGAGGUUCUCGUGGUGCUGCAGUCCCUCAUGACCCUUCUUGGGAACUGCACCGUCUGCUUUGCUGCAUUCCGCAUUUACAAGGCAUCCACCAAGACUGCUCCGUAG